UCUCUUGGAUGUGACUAAGAUGUCCGGGUUUCAGGAUGUUACAGAUUCAUCAGGACGGCGGCUGAGAGACCUGUCAGGACAAACAUCAACAUGUGGAUACGAAGAGGAGAUCCACCGACAAAGAAAACUGCUGGAUGUGAUUUUAACACCUGAAAUCAAGCUGCAGAGAACAGAUACCCAGCAGCUGUUGGUGAGUAAAGAAGAGCUUCCCCCUAAGCAGCAGAAAUGGGGCCCCAGUCUGGACCAGGAGGACACUAAACCCCCACAAAUUAAAGAGGAGGAACAAGAGGAACUGUGGAGCAGUGAGGAGGGGGAGCAGCUUCAAGGACUCAAGGGGGCGUAUGCCAGCGAGUUCCCCUUCACUGCUGUCUUUGUGAAGAGUGAAGAUGAUGAAAUGAAACCUCAGUCCUCUGAACUGAUGGAAACAAGAGCUGAUGGAGGAGACUGGGGAGGAGCAGAACCAGCCAGCCAGUCAGAUCCAGAGAGCCAUACACAACCAGAGACUGAGGUCAAGAUUAAAGACUCGUCUGAAGCUGAGACUGAAGAUAGUGAUGAUUGGGAGGAGACAACAGAAAAUCAAUCAGGUUUAAAAACUGUAGAGAACUUUAACAUUAAGAGACUGGAUAUUGAUAAGAAAUCACAUAGCUGCUCUGAGUGUCAUAAAACAUUCAAAACAAGGCAGGAACUGACCAGACAUAUUAGGACUCACACAGGAGAGAGACCCUUCAGCUGCUUAUUUUGUAGUAAAAGAUUUACCCAGCAAGGAAGUCUAACCACACACAUCUUAAUUCACACGGGGGAGAGACGCUUUAGCUGCUCUGAGUGCAGCAAAACAUUUAAAACCAAACAGUUCUUGACAACACACAGAAGACUUCACACAGGAGAGAAACCAUUCAGCUGCUCUGUUUGUAGUCAAAGAUUUAAUAUAAAGGGAAAUCUUACCAAUCACAUGAGAAUUCACACCGGAGAGAGACCCUUCAGCUGCUCUGACUGUGGUAAAAAAUUUAACCGAAAAGGAAGUCUGGCCACACACAUGUUUGUUCACACAUCAGAUAAACCCUUCAGCUGCUCUUUUUGCAGUAAACGAUUUAGCCAAAAGUCUGGCUUUAAUCUCCACAUGGCACAUCACAGAGGAGAGAGACCCUAUGGCUGCAGUGUUUGUGACCAAAGAUUCUUUUGGCCUUGUCAGUUAAAAAGACACAAGUGUGGGGCAGGUCAGUCUUCAGAGCUUCAUCAAAACGAAGCUGAGGAGAAUGGAGAGGCAGAAACAGGAACUGAUGGAGAGGACUGUGGAGGAGCAGAACCUGCCAGGAACUCAGGUCCCGAGAGACAUUUACAACCAGGGACUGAAGGCAAAACUGAAAAUGAUACUUGUGAUUUGAAAGAGGCAAGAGAACGUCAGUUAAGUUUAAACUCGAACAAAAAGAAAAAGAAACAAACUAUUGACAAGAAAUUACAUUGUUGCUCUAAGUGUGACAAAACAUUCAAAAGGAAAUGGGAUCUGACCAGACACAUUAGAAUUCACACAGGAGAGAAACCCUUUAGCUGCUCUGUUUGCAGCAAAAGAUUUAACCAAACGGGGCACCUGACCGAACACAUGAGUAUCCACGCAGAAGAGAAACCUUUCAGUUGCUCUAUGUGUAAAAAAAUAUUUUCUCAAAGGUGUAAUCUGAUACAUCACAUGGCAAUACACAGAGGGGAGAAACGUGUCCGCUGCUCAGACUGUGGAAAAAGAUUUAACCAUAAAGGACAUCUACCUGCUCAAACGAUUACAGGAGAGAAAGCCUUGAGCUGCUCUAAGUGUGUAAAAAAGAUUUGAGAAAAAGGACAUCUGAUCUUGUGACACAUGUUAGUGUGCACUGCAGAGAAACUGAUUGGUUGCUCCUGCAGUGCAUCACACACAUGGCACGUUACAGAGUGGAGGAACUCUUCCUCCGGGCUGUUUGUGACCAAAUGUUUGCUUGGUCUUCUCAAUCAAAUGGACACAACUGUGCAGGCUUUAGGUCUUCAUCAAAACCAAAUUUGAAGAGAAAAGAGAGGCAGAAGCAGGAGCUGGUGGAGAGGACUGUGGAGGAAUCGAACCAGCCUGUAACUCGAAUGAGGAGAAAAGACUCUUCUGAAGCUGAGACUGAAGAAGGUGAACAUGAUUGGAAGGAGAACAGGGUACACCAAUCAGGUUUAAACUCUGAAAAAAUAUUGAAAAGAUACUGAAGACAGAUCAGAAAUCACACAGCUGCUUUGACAAUAUAAAACAAGACCAGACCGGACGGGACUCACAUUAGACUUCACAUGGUGACGAUGAUUUUAAGGAGACCAGAGAGCAUCAGUGAGGUUUAAACUCUGGCAAAUUAUGAAGUUGCUGUUAGUGAUCUUAGUGUUACAUUGGUCUGAAAACAGUCAGCUGCCCUAAAUAGCAAUACUGUCGGUAUGAUAUUUACACAAGGGGCGGUGUUUGUGUCAUUUACACUACUUCAAAAUAGAGGUACUCCGUUAAUAUUUUUCUUUCCUGAUGCCCGAUACAUGAUUGGUAACGAAAUCUGAAACAGGUUCUAUGAACUUUCACAGACAUUCGUUCAUGGUUGGGUCCACUCAUGUUUUCAGAAACUUUUAUCAUAGAGGUCUCUUGAUAUGUUUAAGAAGUUCUAUAAGACCACCACAGAUUAUUUAGGUUACUAAAGGUAUAUUUGUUGUGAAACUUUAAAUACUAAGUAACUUAGGGCACACUAACACCAGGCAAAGUAAAAUACUUUACUGACUUUUUGGCUUAUUUUGAGUUUUCUUCAGAUACAGCCAGCACACUCCGGGAUUUCUCGAUAAUAGAAGGCUGUCCAUGUUGUGUACCCGUGCUUGUUGUGCUCGUGAAUGAACUGCCAGGGCCAAGAAAGUGUACUGUUGAGUGAGCACGGAUUGUAGCACUCACUCUAGUCAAAGGAACUGGACUUCAGGGUUGAAGCGUGCUGUGGCACAGUCUGGACUGCCUAGCGUGAGUGCGCCCUUAGAUUCUUUGUAUGUUCUAAGCAGAAUUAAGCAGGGGCACAAGGCUCUGUCUGCUCUAAGGUUGUCAGAAUUAUACUUGCAGCUAUUAACUCAAAUAAUGAUAACACUAUUACUGAAUGGAUCAGUUAAAACUCGUUCAAGAAAACUGUAAACUGUUGGUUUACAUUUAAUUCUAAAAUGUGUCUUUACUCAGUCAACCACAAUUAAAAGUCAAGUGAUCAUGAAAUCAAAUAAAAUGUAUGUUGAUUAUU